CAGGCCCUACGUGGGGAGUAGGGGGCAAUCCAUAGUAAUCCACGGCCGGGUGACGUCUGCGGACCCCGGGCCUGGAUCAGAGGUUCCGGCCGCGCUCUCCGCACUCGUCGCCAUGCCUCGCAAAAUUGAGGAAAUCAAGGACUUUCUGCUCACAGCCAGACGAAAGGACGCCAAAUCGGUCAAGAUCAAGAAAAAUAAGGAUAAUGUGAAGUUUAAAGUUCGAUGUAGCAGGUACCUUUACACCUUGGUCAUCACAGACAAAGAGAAGGCAGAGAAGCUGAAGCAGUCCCUGCCCCCAGGUUUGGCAGUGAAGGAGCUGAAAUGAAUCACGCACACUGAUUUGAACUGUAUUAAAAUUUUUUAAAUUCUCAAAAUGGCCUUUGUCUUUGAGGAUGGGGGGUGUGGGUGUUAUUUGGAAUGGCUUCUGGUGGGAAUAGGAUGGGGGUCCUGGUGGCUACCUUGUUGCAUCCCUAAUCUUGGGCUGUGAUCCCAGCGGACAAAUAAAGCCAUCUUUUUUUUUUU